UUGGACACCCGACAUAUUUCAUCUUCUCCAAAAAUCUACUUUUUCACACACUUCUCACUUCUGCUCCCUCAUUAACCUCACAAGAAGAUUUAUCCACCAUUGCUAUGGCUUUCAAGAUGAUACGAUAGAUACUACCCAUCCUGUAAACAAUGAAUAUGUUCAUAUUGAUCCAAAGUCUUUCUCCGACGAUUAUCGCCGCCAUAAUCUUGCCAUCGCUCUUCCUUUAUCUACUAUCGAAGAUAAAACAUAACAGCCGUCUUCCUCCGAGCCCUCCGUCGUUACCGAUCAUAGGCCACCUCCACCACCUCGGCCCACUCAUCCACCAGUCUUUCCACCAACUCUCCACCCGCUACGGCCCCCUAAUUCACCUCCGUCUUGGAUCCGUCCCUUGUGUCGUCGCCUCCACACCGGACCUCGCUAGAGACUUUCUCAAAACUAACGAACUCGCCUUUUCUUCACGAAAACACUCCUUAGCCAUCGACCAUAUUACUUAUGGCGUCGCAUUCGCUUUCGCACCUUAUGGACCUUACUGGAAAUUCGUCAAGAAACUGUCAACAGUCGAGCUUUUAGGCAACCAAAACCUCGGUCAUUUCCUCCCCAUUCGAACCCAUGAGAUCCACGAGCUUCUUCGAACUUUAAUGGAGAAAUCGAAACGAAACGAGGUUGUGAAUUUGACUGAAGAGUUCUUGAAGCUAACAAACAAUGUGAUAUGCCAAAUGAUGAUGAGCAUCCGAUGUUCUGGGACGAACGAUGAGGCCGAUGAAGCCAAGAAUCUCGUUCGAGAAGUGACAAUGAUCUUUGGAGAGUUUAAUGUUUCUGAUUUCAUAUGGUUCUGUAAGAACAUAGAUUUGCAAGGGUUUAAGAAGAGGUAUGAAGAUACCCAUAGAAGGUAUGAUGCUUUGCUGGAGAAAAUCAUAUGUGAGAGGGAAGAAAAGAGAAGAAGUGAAGGGAAGGGAGAAGAUAACAAAGGGAAAGAUUUUCUUGAUAUGUUGCUUGAUGUUUUGGAGGAUGGAAAAGCAGAAAUUAAGAUUACAAGAGAUCACAUCAAAGCUUUGAUUUUGGAUUUUUUCACAGCUGCAACAGAUACAACUGCAAUAUCUAUAGAAUGGACACUAGUGGAACUCAUCAACAACCCAAAGGUGCUCGAAAAAGCAAGAAAAGAGAUUGAUCAAGUCAUCGGAAACAAGAGGGUAGUUCAAGAAUCGGAUGCACCUAACUUACCAUACAUACAAGCCAUCAUAAAGGAAACCCUACGACUUCAUCCACCAAUUCCAAUGUUGAUUCGUAAGUCGAUAAAAGAUGUCAUUGUCCAAGGAUAUGAAAUCCCAUCUGGGACCAUGUUAUUCGUCAACAUCUGGUCAAUCGGAAGAAACUCUAAGUAUUGGGAAAAUCCAUUAGAUUUCAACCCUCAAAGGUUUUUGGAAGGUGAAACCCUAAAAAGCUCGUUAGAUAUUAAGGGGCAAAGUUUUCAACUCUUGCCUUUUGGAACGGGGAGAAGAGGGUGUCCGGGCAUCAAUUUGGCCAUGAGAGAACUUCCGGUGGUGGUUGCCGCCCUCAUACAAUGCUUUGAAUGGAAUGUUAAUGGUGACAAGGAACCAUUAAGUACAAAUGAACGAGCUGGAUUAACUGCCCCAAGGGCAGUGGAUUUCAUUUGUGUUCCAUCAUUACGAGAAGACUCACCUCAAAUUAUUUGAUUUUGUAGGUUUUAUACAUUAUUAAUGGUAAUUAAUGUAUUAUUAUAUUGUAUUGUUCACUAUAUAAUUUGGAUGUGUAUGACUUAUUCCUUUUAUCAAUGUUUUUGGGACCA